AUGACAUGGCAAGCUUGGACCGUCCUGGCAAUGAUACUGGUGACCUUGGUCCUGCUGUUCCUGGAAGUCGGUUCUCCUGAGCAGAUCAUGCUCGGGGCCUUGGUGGUCCUCUGGAACAUGGGAAUUGUCUCGACAGCAGAUGCCCUCGAUGGCUUCUCAAACACAGGGCUCAUUUCUAUCGGUGCUCUCUUCAUUGUGAUGCAGGCAGUCGAUAAAUCCAGGGUGGUGGACUAUGCUGCACGUCGAAUCUUAGGGGCACAGAUUUCAGACAGAGUGGUGUUGCUGCGCAUUUGCUUCCUAGUCUUCUCGUUGUCUGGGUUCUGCAACAACACGCCCUUGGUUGUCCUUUUCAUGCCGAUUGUCCGUGACUGGGCACGAACACAUCAGCGGGCACCGUCUACCUUUCUGAUUCCCCUGAGUUACUCGGCAAUCAUGGGGGGCAUGCUGACAACUAUCGGAACCAGUACGAACUUGUUGGUCAACGGGCUGCUUGAGAAGCAAGGCUAUAAGCCUUUCGGCUUCUUCGAGCCAGGAAUCGUGGCUCUGCCUAUGGGAAUCUUGAGCUUCACUUUGAUCAUCCUUCUUGGCCCGCUUGUUCUCCCCGACAACAAAGGAGGCCUGUUUCGAGAAGUGCGAGAGCAUGGCGACAACUUAGUCACUGCCCUGGAUAUCGCCGAGGACUCGCCAUGGGUGGGUCGGCCGGCUGUUGAUGUUCUCAUUUCCAUGGGCUUGCCACCGAGCAGCUUGUUGAAGAUCCGACGUCGGAUGCCCAACGACAAAGCACCCUCCCCGCUGCAUUUGACUGUGGGCUCCGCGCAACCUCGCGAGUUGAUUCUGCACCCAAGCGAAGGAUCCACCACUGAUGAACUUGAGCAGAGCUUCCAAGUUCGCUUCCUUAAUUUGGACAUUGAAGCCACAUGUGAGGGAGAUCCAGACAUCAUGGAGGUGCAGCCUGUGCGGAAUACUGAGACAGCACAGGGAGGCGACCUGCUCCUCCUGUCCUUGCCUCGAGACAGGGUGGUGGAGGUGAUGUCUAAACAAGAACCUGGAAUACGUGUUCGCAGCAUGCAUGCAAGCCAAGCUGCAUCUGGACAGUCUGAGUUCGUGGAGCUGGUUCUCAGUGCCAGUUCACCUUUGCUCGGCCAGCCGAUCUACAACGCAGCUCAAAUCGUCAGCGAUGCCUACAAUGCUGGCUUGAUCGCUGUUCGAUCACGAUACUGGGGAACCAGCUUCGCCACCAGUGAGAAGCCCCCUGACAUGAUCACAGAGAGCCCUUUCCGCAGACAGACUUCUGCUGCCAACGCUACUUUCGUCGCAGGCGAUGUGAUCCUUGUUCUGGGUGCUACGGGAAACUCGUAUCCCAACUCACAUUUCCUGCUUGUCACAAGGCUGGGCUCCUUGCCUAAGCCCAUGUCUUGGUAUGACUUGAUCCCACUUGUGGUCUUUGUCCCGGCACUGGUGCUGACUUCCCUGGACAUUAUCAGUAUGGUGCAGCUUUCUGUCACCCUCUCCUGCAUCUUCAUCCUCGGAGGCUGGAUCAAAGCCGGUGACAUCCGCACCAUCGUCGAUUGGCAGCUGCUGAUCUUGAUCGGAGCUGCUUUGGGCGUGGCACGGGCUAUGGCGGAAUCCGGCCUUGCCGCCGGUAUUUCGCGAGGCAUCAUAGCCACGGGCCUUCCUAACUGGUUGGCGCCCUCGCUGCUUUACCUCAUCGUCAUGGUUACCACCGAGAUGGUGACAAACAACGCCGCGGCAGCUUUGGGGGUCCCUUUGGCGAUCGACUUGGCGGAGAAGAUGGGUUUGGACUCCCCGCACCCAUUGGUCAUGGUGGUCAUGAUUGCCGCAUCCACAUCUUUUGCCAGCCCGAUUGGCUAUGCAACAAACCUCAUCGUCAUGGGGCCAGGGGGUUACUCGUUUCUUGACUUUCUGAGGUUGGGUGGUCUCCUGGACUUGUUCUGGUUGGUCGGAGUAAGCUGUCUUUUGCCGUGGCUGUGGCCCAUGGCCCCGCUCGCAGCCGCAUGA